CUUAAAUCACGAAACCUUCAGUUAAACAUAAUAUUUUGAUUUUCAGCGUUUGACUUUGAUUUAUUGUGUGAAAUGUGUAUUAGUACGUGUUUUCUCCCCACUGCAUUUAAAUUAUUUCACCCUAUAUUUUCAGACUCAGAAUGGACGCUAUAUCAUCUGUACACACCAUAUAAUAUGUUUUAAUCAAUUGGAUAGGCAGGGUAGCCUGUCAGUCUACAUGCUUGUCACGUACUUCUGUAUCUUAGCAACCCGUUACAGGAAUCCCGUUACUUUUCCCCCGAUGUAAUAUUAUGAUGAUGUCAGCAAGGAACAAUAAUUCGCCUCAUCCCAAAUAACGAUAAUUUGAAAUGAAAGAAAGAAAUCUUUCGGGUUUAUCUCCAUUGGAUUGUCUUUCACGCAGUGUAACAGUGUGUAAUUUGGCGCAACUGGACCUGCAGCCUUGCACGGAGUCUCCCUCCCUCCCAACCCCCCUCUCUGUCUCCGGGUCUCUCUCCAGCUGAAAGCCAGCACUUCUCGUCCAGGUGAGACAUUUUUGGAGUGCCUCAUUGGAACCGUAACCCGCCGACAAGAUGACGGACUCCACACCGCCAGACUCCACCACCGUCCCGGACCCGGCUGCAGUUGUGGACUCCACGGUGGUGAACGGGCAGUGCGAGCAGGCGGACACCCAGCAACAGCAGCAGCAGCAGCAGCAGCCCAGCACAGAAAGUCAGGGAGAGGGUUUCAAGAUGGACCAGGAGAUGAAGAUAACAGACAGCAUAGAUGACAAAGGUCUUCUGGAAAGCAGUAUGCGUUUGAAGCCUCAUGAAGCACAGAGUUACCGCAAGAAAGCUCUGUGGGUGUCUUGGGUGUCCAUAGCAGUCACCAUCGUCCUGGCAAUCGUCGCUUUCACUGUUUCCGUCAUGCGCCACAGCGCUUCAGCUUUUGGAUUUGCCUUUGAUGCCACGCUGGAUGUGCUGUCCUCUGUUAUUGUAUUGUGGCGAUACAGCAACGCUGCAGCCGUCCACUCAGCCCACCGUGAAUACAUAGCCUGUGUUAUUCUGGGUGUGAUUUUCAUCUUGUCAUCCCUGUGCAUUAUGGGUAAGGCCAUCCACGACCUGGCCACCAAGUUGCUACCUGAAGUGGAUGGAUUCCUGUUCAGUGUGUCCAUCAUCAGCGGCUUGGUGUGCAUCGUCCUGGCUGUGAUCAAGUUUAUGCUUGGCAAGGUGCUCACGAGCCGAGCCCUCAUCACUGACGGAUUCAACUCCCUGGUGGGGGGAAUCAUGGGGUUCUCCAUCCUCAUCAGUGCUGAAGUGUUUAAACAUGAGCCCAAUGUGUGGUACCUGGACGGGACAAUAGGUGUCCUCAUAGGUCUUACCAUCUUCGCCUAUGGAGUCAAGCUGCUGCUGGACAUGGUCCCGCGGGUCCGUCAAACCAGGAACUACGAGCGCUUUGAGUGACGGACCACAGAGGAAAAGACGGGAGGGAGAAGACGAGGGUUUUGGGAGGGAUGGACUGACUGGCUGACAGGAGAAGGACGGGGACUACAGUCUCCACAGACAAUCACACUGAGUCCUCGUGGUGCCAGCGGAGGCUUCAGUGUCUUUACAGUCCUCCUAUUCAGAGAUGUGAACUGUGGAUCCAGGCCAGUGAUGACAGAGUGGGGAGGAAACAUUUCUGGGCACCUUUUAAGUGUUUUACAAUUUGGUGUACAUAUAAUAUUUAUCUGUCUUUUAACAGUGAUGGGUCAGUCUGUUUUUCAUGCCUCCAUAUUUAAACUUGAGGGUUAAACAGAUAGUGAAAGGGAGAUAACGAGACAGAAAUGACCAAACAGGACAGAGACGAGCUUGGACCGCAGCGCGCAGGAGAAAAUAUGGACCCUGAGCGUCCAUAACUCCUUAAAGCAACAGAUUUCUGUACAGUGAGUUGAUGUACAAUACCUCAGUUCCACCUCAUCACCCUGUCAAAACACAGCAGUUUAUUUUUCCCAUGGUUCCUAGAGGCCUUUGCUCAGCUGUGCUAUAAAAUGUCGCCGUGCAAACUGA